GAAAGAGUCGACGGAAAUGGAGGAGGGGCUUCUGGAGAGGGAGGAGGAGGGGACAGUGAAGGAAUGUUACGGGGAUUUUGCCUCCGAGGCGCGGAGGCUAGGUUAUCUCGCCGGGCCGAUGGUGGGGGUGACGCUAUCUCAAUACUCGGUUCAGGUAACCUCCUCGAUGAUGGUCGGGCAUCUCGGUGAGCUCGCCCUAUCCAGUUCGGCCAUUGCGACAUCCCUCGCCGGCGUCACAGGAUUCAGCCUUCUCGUGGGACUGGCUAGUGGCUUGGAUACUCUUUGCGGCCAAGCUUAUGGAGCAAGACAAUACAGAAAGCUUGGAAUCCAAACUUACAGAGCCAUCAUCUCCCUUAUAAUAGUCAGCCUCACUAUUUCUCUCCUUUGGGUCUCCAUGGGCAAGCUUCUCUCGCUCAUAGGCCAAGACCCCCUCAUAUCCCAAGAGGCUGGCAAAUAUAUUGUAUGGAUGAUCCCUGGCUUAUUUGCCAACAGCAUUGCUCAGCCGCUCUUGAAAUUUCUUCAAUCUCAAAGCCUAAUUCUUCCAAUGCUUCUGAGCUCACUGGCAACUCUUUGCAUCCACAUUCCUUUAUGUUGGACCAUGGUGUUCAAAACCGGAUUGGGCAAAAUUGGGGCGGCGCUUUCCAUAAGCAUUUCUUACUGGAUUAACGUAUUGAUUCUAGUGAUGUCCAUAAAGUACUCGGAGUCCUGCAAGAAAACUCGUGUGCCCCUCUCAAUGGAGGCGUUCAAGGGCAUUGAUGAGUUCUUGAAACUGGCAAUUCCCUCCGCAGUAAUGAUUUGCCUUGAAUGGUGGUCAUUCGAGCUGCUCGUCUUACUAUCCGGUCUCCUACCAAAUCCCAGACUUGAAACAUCAGUCCUUUCUAUUUGCCUUACAAGCAUUGCAACGCUCUACACCAUACCAAAUGGCCUUGGUGCUGCUGCAAGUACGCGAGUAUCGAAUGAACUGGGAGCUGGGAAUCCACAUGGAGCAAAUUUGGCUUUUCGUGUGGCGAUGUCGAUCACAAUCGUGCAGGCACUUGUGGUGAGUGUAACGAUGUUCGGCCUCCGUGGAAUCAUCGGAUAUGCUUACAGCGGGGAGCAUGAGGUUGUGGAUUAUGUUAGGGAGAUAUUUUCUCUUGUUUCCAUCUCAGUUAUCAUGGAUAGCUUCCAAGGAGUGUUGUCUGGAAUUGCUCGCGGAUGUGGAUGGCAACAUAUUGGAGCAUAUGUUAACCUUGGAGCAUACUAUCUCGUCGGAAUCCCAACCGCGGUCGUGUUGGGUUUUCUCCUCCACAUUGGAGGCAAGGGUCUAUGGAUUGGUAUACUAUCAGGAGCUAUUGUUCAAACCUUUCUUCUUGGAGUAAUAACAAUUUUUACUGAUUGGCAACAACAGGCAGUGUUGGCAAGGAAGAGAGUAUUUGAUGAGAGAUCUUCACUGGAGAGUGAUUUGAAAUGAGUUCAGUUCUCAAUUAUUUGUUUGAUUCAUCAUCCAUUUCACUCAUUUUUCAGCGUAGAAAAUGUGUGGCUGAGACUUGAAAUAAUCAUUUAUCUAUGCAGUUUAACAGUUGUGAUGUUUGUUUUAUAUUGAGUUGAAUCAAACAAAAGUA